GCCCAUUCUUCGUCGUCGAACAAAAACGCGGAAACAAAAGAGGCGAUCAGUUUGUCAAACAAAUAACACCGAGUCGGCAUAAAGUGAGCGUAGUUGUAGGCGACAGCCGUCAAAGUUAACAUCCUAACUGCUCCUAGCCUCUCUGAAAGACUGAACAUGGCCUUGAAAAGAAUACAGAAGGAAUUAAAUGAUUUACAGAGGGACCCUCCAGCUUCAUGUUCAGCUGGACCUGUGGGCGAAGACAUGUUCCACUGGCAAGCUACCAUCACGGGACCGAAUGACAGCCCAUAUCAUGGAGGAGUUUUCUUCCUUUCUGUCCAUUUCCCCACUGACUAUCCCUUUAAACCGCCAAAGGUUGCCUUCACAACGAAAAUCUAUCACCCGAACAUAAACAGCAACGGUAGCAUUUGCCUUGACAUCUUGAGGUCACAGUGGUCUCCUGCGCUUACAGUGUCAAAAGUUUUAUUAUCCAUAUGCUCCUUGCUAUGUGACCCAAAUCCCGAUGAUCCGUUAGUCCCCGACAUUGCACACAUCUACAAAUCAGACAGACAAAAGUACAACAAAGUAGCUAGAGAAUGGACUCAGAGGUAUGCAAUGUGAACAACUUGAUGUUUCAGGAACAAUACGCAUCCCUGAACACCUCCAAAUAUGACAGUACUGUUCAACUGCUUUAUCCACACUGGUUGUAGUUAGUGUUUGAUACGCUUGAAGCACUUUCUCUUCUCAGACUUUACUUGACCUAACUGUUUUUACUGUUUAUUAUUAUUUUUUUUCUUUUAAUAGGCAUUAUUAUUAUCAUUAUUAUUAUUAUUAUUAUUAUUGCAAGGUCUGGUGAGAUGGAAUGAUUGUAUUUUUCUUUUAAGAGAUUUCUAUUGUUCAAAACUAUAUUGAAUUGAUUUUUUUUUUUUAUUAUUUUGCAUUAAACACGUUAAGCAAACAAAGAUGAAGUCAUGAGCCCCAUGAGUCGACAGAAAUUGUGAUCUAUCUCGCUGUAAAAUGUUUGGUUCAUUCGCAUGACCUCUAGGUGGCAGCGUUUACUUUUUACUUGCUUCUUUCAUAAGACAUUUACUUGGACAACUUAAUAUUCAUCAUGUUACAUUAAAUUCAGGCCCAUUGGCUGAAUGGUUAUUCAUGUGGAUAGUGGCUAUUAUAGCGUGUUGCUUUAGCACAGAAAUUAAAAUGAGAAGCAAUGUUCUGCAAAUUGAAAUUAGGCCACCCAUUUGCACUGCUGGUUGCAUCACAGUCACUAUAUGUGUAUUCUGGUGUAGUUACACAUGAACAGAGCGACAGUAAUGAGAUUUACACAUGCUCUAGCCACUGAUGUGACAGAAUUUUAUAAUUGCUGCUUUCAGGGCAUAGAUUCAAUUUACAAAAUAGAAAGUGGUAUAAGUGUGGCCUCCAGAUGGGUUAUAGCACACAGAAUUUAAGCAUCUCUAUCAAUGAAAAACUAAUCUGUUUUAAAAUAAAUCUGUCUUUGUCAGGUAAUGUUUUGUAUUCCUGAUCAAGACUGUUUUGCCUAGAUGAACCUGAGAACAAAAGGAUAAAGAGUUCAUGAUAAAAUAUGAUUUCAUAGUAAAUCCUUUUAAUAUAGAUGAUAUAUAGCUGAUUCAGUAUGCCGUAGUGUCAGACAAAACUCGUAUGUAGCUGGUGAUGAUAUAACGGACCACUGCGAAAAAAUGUGAUGUGAUCAGACUAGUGGCUUUAGUGAGCACUUGUAUCGAUUCUACUUGACCUGACUUACCAUGUGGACUUAAGAAAAACAUUUGUUAUUCCAGAUCAAUAAAAUGAAUCAUUUCACCCUGAAUGCAGGUAAAGAGCUUAGAUGUCAAAGCUCAACUGCAUUUAUACCAA